ACCACCGCUUAUAUUUGAACACCAAAAGCCUUAACCACUAAGCUAUCUGACACGUAAAUAUACACCUGCAAUGCAACAGCUUCAUUGAAUAGCUAGCUACCUAGCUAAGAUGCAAAAAAAUAUGAGAAGUCGGCGGUCCAAAAUGGAUGAAGAAAGUGGGUAUGCCGUUGAUUUCUUUGGGGCGAUUCCAGAAGGGUUUGUGGCCAAGGCUUUGUCGCUCACAAGCCCUCGAGAUGCGUGCAGGUUGUCGUUGGUUUGCUCGUUUUUUAGGUCGGCGGCGGAAUGGGACGACGUGUGGGAGAGUUUCUUGCCACCGGAGUACCGGAGGAUUACGGAGGAGGACGGUGGUUGUUCGUUGAGCUUCCGGUCCAAGAAGCAGUUGUAUCUGCGUCUGUGUGAUCAUCCCAUCAUCAUCGACGGUGGAAAUAAGAGCUUCAAUCUGGACAAACACACUGGUAAGAAAUGCUACAUGCUGGCUGCAAGGGAUCUAUCAAUCGUUUGGGGUGAUACUCCAAGGUACUGGAGAUGGAUCUCAUUGCCCGAGUCACGGUUUAAAGAGGUGGCGGAGCUCAUAAGUGUUUGUUGGCUUGAAGUCCAUGGGAGGAUUUGCACUUCAAUGCUAUCACCAAACACAGUUUAUGUAGCAUUCAUGGUGUUCAAAUCAACAUCUGAAACUCAUGGGUUUGACAACCAACCCGCAGAGGUUUCGAUGGGGAUAAAUGGGCUCGAGAGCCAAACCCAUACAGUGUUUAUUGAUCCCGAAGGUGGUGGAGAAAGAAGGCGUUACCCAGUCGUUCCAAGAAGAGGAAUGGGAAUGUUAUUAAGAGGUCGUGAGCCGAACCCAAAUUUGACCCGAAGCCCAAGCCCGGUUACGGUGAGUUCAAAUGACAAAGUGCCUAAAGAAAGAGAAGAUGGGUGGGUGGAGAUUGAGCUUGGUGAGUAUCUUGUGAAGAAAGGGGAAGGUGAACUGGUAAUGAGCAUGAAAGAAGUGAAAGGGAGGAAUUGGAAGGGUGGGCUUGUGAUUCAAGGGAUUGAGAUUAGACCAAAGCCUUUUAUAAGUUGAGUGAUGAUGUUUCUUGUCUUUGGUGGGCUAUUAAUCUAGUGGCCUUUGGAAGUUUUUUAUUUUAUAGCUUUGGAGUUUUGGUGUGUUACCAUUUGUGCCAAGAUGAUUGCAUGAUAGACCGAUUUGGGUUGAAUGCUUGAUGUAACGUCAAAUAGUUGGUAAUUUUGUGUGGAUGUACAAAAGUAGUCAUUUGUAAUAAUUGCAAUUGCAUGUCUAUGGUUUGGGUUAA